UCAAAUAAUAAAAAAUGCCCUCCACAACAAGUGUGGUAAAUAAAGAUCUGCUGGAUGAGCGCAGCAAGUGCACCUUCGACAGGGAGGAGUUCUCGGUUUGGUGGGUUGGCGGGAAGGACCGGUUGGAUGAGAAGCGUAACCGAGAACACUUUUGCAUGAACCAGCCCGAGUUCGGCGACAAGAUCCCCCUCCACUAUUUGUCCCACAAGGAGCUGUACGAAGAAACGAUCCGCAAGGCAACGGCCAUUUUUUCCAAGUCCAAGGAAAUGGUGCAGAAAAAGCACGGAUACAACGCCGGAAAUUUUGUUAAAUUUCUCGACGUCCUAACCGGCGAUGGUUUUAUGCACCAGGCGAAUCCGCUCGCCGUUCACUUUAGCAUGUUUGUGCCGGGCAUUAUGGGCCACGGUAACGCGGAACAGCAAGAGCGGUGGCUCGAUAGGGCACUGAACUGUAAGAUCUUGGGAACGUACGUGCAAACGGAGCUGGGCCAUGGGACGUUCCUGCGGGGGCUCGAAACUACGGCCACGUUCGAUGAGGAGACGGACGAGAUUGUGAUCAACAGUCCCAGGUUGAGCGCGUACAAGUGGUGGCCGGGUGGGCUGGGUCUGACGGCAAACCACUGCAUUGUGAUGGCGCAGCUGUACUCGAAAGGUCGGUGUCAUGGGGUGAAUCCUUUCAUGGUGCAGAUUCGAGACGAAGAAACGCACAUGCCAUUGGCUGGGAUCGAAAUUGGGGAGAUUGGAAACAAACUAGGCUACAACGGAGUCAACAACGGGUUUUUGGGAUUUAAGAACUUCCGAAUUCCAAGAAGUAAUAUGUUGAUGAAGAAUGCAAAGCUGUUAAGAGAUGGUACUUACCAGAAGCCGAUAUCGUCGGUGCUGAAUUAUGGAACGAUGGUGUUCACGCGUGUGCUUAUCGUUCUGGACACGUCCCAGAUGUUGGCGAGGGCGGCCACCAUCGCCGUCCGAUAUUCCUGCGUUCGUCGUCAAAGCGUGAUCGAUCCCAACAAACCGGAAGUCCAGGUCAUCGAUCACCAGACUCAGCAGGGCAAGCUGCUGCCGCAGCUCGCCAAAGCUAUUGCGCUGAAGCUGUCCGCGGACAACCUGUGGAAGAUGUACGAAGCGACUCAGGUGGAUUUGGAGACUGGGAAUACGGACCGACUGCCGGAGCUGCACGCAGUUUCCUGCUGCUUGAAGGCCGUUUCCACGGGGGAUGCUGCGGCUGGCGUCGAGGUCUGUCGACUUGCUUGCGGAGGUCACGGAUAUCUGAGCAGCACGAACUUUUUGAACUUGUACGGAUCGGCCACGGCUGCGGUUACAUACGAGGGUGAGAAUACGGUUUUGUACUUGCAGACUGCCAGAUACCUCGUCAAGGUCUGGAACCAAGCCCUCAAAGGUCAAAAUCUGAUGCCAACGGUUCGCUAUUUGGAACAGUACGCCACGAAGCCCGUCAAACGCUUCGCCUGGAGUGACUCAACGCCGGUGAUCAUCGAAGCAUUCCAAGCGGUAACCGCCAACCGACUUCGUCUGGCCAACGAGCACAUCCAGCAGCGAGUUAAGGCCGGUCGUACGCCGCAAGAAGCCACAAACGAAACCGGACUGGAGUUGGUGCGCCUCGCGGAGAUUCACUGCCGUGGUUUCAUCUUGCAGUCUGCGUACGCAGCUAUUGAACAGGCUUGCCAGACUGCUUCGCAGCCACUGGGCGAAGUUCUGCGCGAGAUUUGUCGGCUUGUGGUGUACGACGAGGCUCUGCGGAUCACCGGCGAUCUGUUGAGGUUCACGACCAUGUCGGACCCGGAUCUGGUCGAGCUGCAGCGCAAGUACGAAGCGUCGCUCGGGGCCAUCCGCCCGAAUGCGGUGUCCAUCGUGGACGCGUUCGACUAUCCGGACUUUAUCCUCGGCUCGACGCUGGGCGCGUACGACGGGAACGUGUACGAGCGGCUGUUUGAGGACGCGAUGAAGAGUCCGCUGAACCAGGAGCCGGUCAACAGGACGUUCGAGCUGUACCUGAAGCCGCUGAUGAGGGGGAAGCUUUGAGAUACUUGAGUGGAGGUUUAAAAUGGGGGUUCGGUGCAAUAUUUUACUGGUUGUUGGUCUGAGAUUUUUUUAAAGCAAUAAAAGUUAA